UUCGACGAGCAAGCAGUCCGGAUUCUCGCAUUACUUUCGAUCGCCUCCUCAAAGUAAAUCCUUUCGUCGGUGCUCCUGUCAUAUCGGUUACUACACGGUAUAUAUAUACACAUAUAUAUAUAUAUAUACAUCAGAUACAAAAUGUUGCUAAUACAGCCGAAGGAUGAGAUGUCAAAACUGAUUAGAGUACGACUCAAUGAAAAUGUAACGACUCGAGAAAAUGAUUUGAAGAGCAUCAAGGAAUGGCUACUUAAACAACCACAUUUACCUAACGUCGAUGACGAUGCAAUGUUGAUGACAUUUCUCCGUGGAUGCAAAUUUUCAUUGGAAAAAUGCAAAAAGAAACUUGACAUGUAUUUCACAAUGCGAGCAAUCGUACCAGAGUUCUUCAACAAUCGUGACGUCACACAGCCAGAAUUAAAAGAAAUACUCGAUCUAGUAAAUUUUCCACCAUUGCCAGGCUUAACAAAGGAUGGAUGUAGAGUUAUAGUAAUGCGUGGAAAAAGGAAGGAUAUGUUAACACCGAAUGUAUCAAAUCUAAUGAAACUCGUGAUGAUGAUAGGAGACGUUCGUCUCAAAGAAGAAAUUCAUGGUGUAGCCGGUGAUAUUUAUAUUUUAGAUGCGAGUGUCGCGACACCGGCACAUUUCGCCAAAUUCACUCCUACGAUCAUAAAAAAAUUCCUUGUUUGCAUUCAAGAAGCUUAUCCCGUGAAAUUGAAGCAAGUACACGUGGUGAACAUCAGUCCGUUAGUCGACACGAUUAUAAAUUUCGUUAAACCCUUCCUGAAAGAAAAGAUACGGAAUCGAAUUUUUACGCACAGUAACUUAGAAGCCAUUUACGAGUAUAUACCUAAAGAAAUUUUACCUAUCGAAUAUGGCGGCAAUGCUGAAUCUAUUCAAACAAUACACGACGCUUGGAUAAAAAAAUUAGAAGAAUAUGGUCCGUGGUUCGCUGCGCAAACAUCUGUCGUAGCAAACGAAACACUUCGACCAGGCAAACCAAGGACUCACGACGAUAUUUUCGGUCUCGAUGGAUCUUUCCGACAAUUGACGAUCGAUUAAAAUCGUCCUAUGUCGAAAUUAAUAAUUGAUCACGCAAGUUAUCCGUAUUAAUAGUUAUUCAAACAUUUUCAAUUAUAUUCGUUGCUUGACCUAAACGUAUUAAGCAAUCAUUUUUCCAAUAUUAAUUUUAAUUAGGAUAAAGAUGCAUGUCUUGCAUGUCAUAGUUCAUUUUUCUACAUUGAAUAUUCUUUUAUUUAUAUUAAUAUAAUAGAUUUUAUUAAAAUUAAACGUAUGCCACGAGAAUAUAAAAAAUUUGAUUAUUUAAUUAAAACCAUAUCACAAAAUGUGCUUUAAUCAUAUGUUUAUUUCUUCAUUCUCCAAGAAAGCAAGAAAUAUCAUUCAGAGUGAUCGUUCAAUUUCAUUAUUUCCAUCAAUUACGAGUAAUCGAACCUAUAAAAAAAAAAAAACGGAGUAGUCUGACAUCGUUGUUUUUAAAAGAUCCAGACAUUAUCAAGACAAAAUUAUCUCCCCCUUCGUGAAAGUGAAUUCGAAUGAAUUUUAGUAAAUGAAUUUAAAACGUUAUACAUUCAUAUUCAACAUAUCACGAUACUUUAAAUUCUACAUUAUUUUUCUCAUCUUUAUCAUAUCUUAAUAACGCGAGAUUAAAUGUGUAAAGGGAAUAAAAAAGACAUCUCUUUGA